GACAGAGGGGACGUGCCAUACACAUAGACAUUAUAACCAGGCCAUACAGUCACUGGGACGUGCUCGCGCUCGGCCACCGUGCGUGAGUGACAGUCGGGAAGUGCAUCUCUACUGCAUCCUUCCAUCUGCUCCGAAACUGAGAGAAUUCAGUUGGUAUCUGUUGGUUGGUUAAAUUCAUCGUGGGCUUUUUAAGCAGAUUGAUAAAUGUGAAAACAUAGACCAGGAGUUUUAACGGGAAGAAACUGACAUUGUUACGAAAAUGAACGAGACAGAGAACAUCCCACUUGCAGAAUACGAUUUCGAACGACAAUUCGAUGAAAAGGGGGCUCUCGAAUGGAUGCAAGAAAACUGGAGCAAGUCCUUUAUGUUCUGUGGGCUGUAUGCUGCGAUCAUUUUUGGGGGCCAACACUUCAUGAGAGAGAGGCCCAAGCUAAACCUGCGCCGACCCCUUGUCCUCUGGUCACUCAGUCUGGCCAUCUUCAGUAUCAUCGGAGCGGUCAGAACCGGUUGGUACAUGUUCCAUGUCCUCAACAAAAGCGGUUUUAAGCAGUCGGUGUGUGACACCAGCUUCUACAGCGCCCCUGUCAGCAAGUUCUGGGCCUACGCCUUCGUCCUGAGCAAGGCCCCAGAGCUGGGUGACACGGUGUUCAUCGUGCUCCGUAAGCAGCGCCUCAUCUUCCUCCAUUGGUACCACCACAUCACAGUGCUGGUCUACUCCUGGUACUCCUACAAGGACCAGGUGGCAGGCGGCGGCUGGUUCAUGACCAUGAACUACCUGGUCCACUCCUUCAUGUACACCUACUACGCUGCCCGGGCUGCGGGCUACCGGGUGCCACGACCCUGCGCCAUGGUCAUCACGGCCACCCAGAUCAUGCAGAUGAUGAUGGGGCUUGCUGUCUUAGGCUUGGUCUACCAUUGGAUGCACGAAGUGCGCUGUCCCUCCUACAUGCCCAACAUCGCCUGGGGCUCGCUCAUGUACCUCAGCUACCUGGUCCUGUUCGCCUCAUUCUUCUACAAGUCCUACCUCAAGGGCGCCGCUUACAAGGUUGGCAAGGGAUCCAAGGCCGAGUAGGGGCUGGAUUCGUCAGAGGCAAGUUGCACACUGGGCAAGUCAUAUUAGAGUGUGUGCCUAAUUGAGAAGAAUAUCGCGUUGUGCCAUGAUGUGAGUCACAACUGGUUUUAAUGGUUGCUGGGUCCACGGCAAUUGUGACGAGCCAUUUUUUCCCCACCCCGACUUUGUAUAGCUGUAGCUUAUCUAACGAACUAGAACCAAGGAUUACAUGAUAAUAGAACGGUCGUUGAGAGUGGACCGGGGAACCAGUACAUGGUCAACACAGUUUAAUAUACUAUGAUCGAUGGAUGAAAGAAAGGGAGGAGACAGAUAGAGAGAGAGGUCAGUUUGUGUUUGACUAAUGUUCUACUCGCUUCAUUUUGAUUUCUUGGCUUCGUUAAUCAGUCUCUUUGACCAGCUGCUUCAGUCAGAGUCCAGUGAAAAACAGCCACAUGUGGCCUGAGGCGUCUCCAAGGGCAGUUUACAACCGCGUUUGCAGUCUGCACGUUCAGUGAAUUUGACAGUCACAGGUGUUCAUUCAUACAGAAAGAAAGACUCCUAGUGAAAUCUGGUGCUUUUUAGACCAGCGCUGAGAAUUAUCUCACUAACUUAUAGGAAGUGUAUUGAAGUGAUGAUUAAAAGGAAUUAAUGAAGGAUAAUGUUUCUGUUUUAGUUGUAGGGAAUUUUCUGGGAAUGGGUGGGAGGAGAUGAGCGCACUGAAGGGAUUGACACUCGCAACAAUGUGUCCAUUGUAAAUAAUAUAUCUUAAGAAUGUAUUUAUUUUCUUAAAAUCUCAAGUCUCUGGUGGUACUUAAAGUGUACCAGGAAAUAGUGUGACUCACUAAGGUUCUGCCUGUCUUAAAUUGUGCAGUUUGAGUUUUGCACUUUUGUAUUUUAAACAGUUUUCUUUACAUCACAACAAUGCACAAUAUUGUUUAGUUUUUUUUAAAGUCUUUCUACAUCUGUUCAUUAAAGAAAGGGAAGUCCCCUGGCACCACAUUGCUUCUUAAAGGGAAAAGUCAUGAAGGUUAUCUUUGCUUCUUAAAGAGAAGGUCAUGAAGGUUAUCUUUGCUUCUUAAAGGGAAGGUCAUGAAGGUUAUCAUAAUGUCUGUGUGGUAAGAGUUGCAUUGUCAUGUAAGAACUAUUUGAGUCUAAGAGGUCAACUUUUUUGAUUUUCACAUUUGAUAGAUAUUGCUUUUCUACAUGGUAGAAGAAAAUAUCCAUAUUCUUAUAUACUAGUAUGAAAACCAAGGACACAUUCCUUUUUCUUUCCUCCUAUUUUAAAUAUGACCACCAGUGCAGAUUGGAUAGGGGCUCAGGUCAAGACAGCGAAAUAGUUUUUGUUGUUGUCUAGAAAUCUAGUAGAUGCAGAAAAUAGUGUCUUGUAAGCACACCUAACCACUAGUGAGUUUUAACCCUUGGCAGCUUGUGUGUCUUUCUUUAUGUUUAUUAUGGAGCUGUACUGUAUUAUCUCCCUCCUACCCAUAAUCCUAGAGCCAUACUGGUGUGAGCACAUGUUCUUUAAUGUAUGUUUGUAUCACACUGAGAGUAGUUACCAUAGCUUAAAGUACAGGGACUCUUUUGAAGGGUAAUGGUAACUACUAACACUUGCCUAACACUUGCCUUCAUAAGCACUACUUAUAACCCCCAUAACCUAAGCUGUGACUUCAAGUGUCAUAGAUCUCAUAGUCUAUCUAUGGGUUUAUUAGCUUCCAGCACAAAGUGAGACAGUCUAGCCUGUACACAACUGGUAGUCGCCAAAUGUCUUAAAGGGAAAUUUCAAAAUGGUUCAACUUCAUAUCCAUCAUUUCCAGCACUACUCCAACAUCAUGCAUCAUCUGGUGUGCAUCGUAUGAUUUUAACUAAGUAGUAGGCAAUGCCUACUCAUCAUUGGUUGAAAUCAUACCAGAUGAUGCCAUUGGAAAAACGUACCUUCCUUCAUCUUUUUGACUACAAAACAUAGAAACGUGCCAUUUUCACGUAUGCUGAUGUUGGGGUAGUGCUGAAUAUGAAGUUUACAUUUUUUCAAAAAUGUCUUUGAAAUAGUGCUUCUAAUCCUAUUAUAAUGUUGUGUUUAUGAAGGAGUUACACUGCCCUUAUGUAAUACCCUUCAUAUGACUCAGCUGUAACACCUGAUGCUGGAGCAGGCACAUACUGUACUACCAUUAUUAUAGACUAGUCCAAUGAGCUUAGCAGUGUUUAGAAGUGUGAAUAUUUUUUAAGGCCAUACUAAAUCUGCAAAGUACAUUUCUUUCACUUGGCUGUCGUUGUGUCAAUAAUGCUGAUAUUGCGAUCAUGAUGUGACAUUAUAAAUGUUGUCCACCCUCCACCUUGAAACCGACGGUUGCAUUUUAGUUGUAAAAUAUCAGGAUGAUAAUACGCAGGGUAUAAACUUCGUUUCUAAUACAUUGAUUCGUGUGCCAAAUGAUGCUUCUGCAGAUUUCUACUCUGUUAGGUAAAUGUGAGCAGAGUUAUUGUUUGUGUGUUGUCUUUGCUGAUGUAGAGUGUAAGAAAACAUGCUUAUGCAUCCCUGUGAGUAUGCUGUCUAGUACGUAACUGAUAUGAGAGGGCAAAAAAACUGUCUUAAGGGCUUUAAUGUUUAAAUGUGCAGAUUUUAAAUGUCAAAACAAUAAAUUCAUGUCUGUUUUGAAA